GCAGCGGGAGUUCACGUUUAGUUCACGUAAGAUUAUUAUUAUUAUUUAAUUUUUUUGAUUUAAAGUCAGCAUAUUCAACACAUAACAGAGUGUUGGACGUGGUUUAGUAGUCUACAGAAGUGCACACGUUUGCUACUUCAGUGAAUAGGAUGCAGGUCUUCUCCAGCCGACCCGGAGCUGUUUGACACAUUUCUCUCUCCUCCACCCUCCCACCACCACCACCACCACCCUCCACCCCGAGCUGGAUCCGUUCUCUUACCGGGGGUUAGUCGGGCUCCUUUCUGCUUCUCUGGCCGUACGUUUGAUGCCACGGACAUGGGAGCGCGUCAGAGUGAGAGUUUGCUUUGGACUGUGCUGAUCCUCUGGAUGACCACGUCCGCUGAGGGGACCUGGAAGACCGGACUGUACAGGACCUACUCAUCCGGGACGCAGACAGCAGCCUCUCUCACCUCAGUCUAUCAGAAAAGGAACUGGUGUCCUCAUACGGUCACUAAGACAGUGACCUGCCAGGUGCAGAAUGGGACAACCCUGCAGCGGGUCUACCAGACGUGUCGCUGGCCGCAGGGAUGUACAGGAGGCAGCUACAGGACCGUGGUUAGACCUUCCUAUAAAGUGGUGUAUCGAACUGUGACCUCGCUGGAGUGGAAAUGCUGUCCAGGAUUCAGCGGCGCUGCCUGUGAAGAAGAUGCAGGGAACCAGCUUGUAGCUCAAGAGGCCAACAGGAAACCAUCCACGCUACGCCGCCCGCCUGCACGCACAGGAGAGCCAAUCUCUAAUUGUCUCAACUGCAGUCGAAUCACAGCUUUGACCGACAGGCUGAGCUCACUGGAGGCGAAGGUCCAGUUAUUCACUGCCCCGGCAUCCAUAACACAUCGCCACCUUCAGGGUAAAGGAGCAACUGGACCAGAGGCCUCAUUACUGACUGGGGCUGUGCCCGCUCAGGGAGCUCCUGGUGAGCAGGGACCUGCAGGUCCUCAGGGUGCAAAUGGGAGAGAUGGGCUUCCUGGCAGAGAAGGGAAGCCAGGGUCUCGAGGUCUGCCAGGUCCCAGUGGGCCUCAGGGGGAGGCUGGUACAAGGGGCCCAUCUGGAACCCCUGGAUCGAAGGGAUCCUCAGGACCUGCAGGCCCCCAUGGUCCACCAGGACUCCCAGGAGACAGGGGUCUACCAGGCCCACCUGGCCCUCCAGGGCCUCCAGCUCCGGCCAGUGCCCACAUCCCAGAACCAGACCACAGCCGUGGAAAAGACCUAUUCUUCAGCAACACUUUCCAUGACUCACAGGGGUUGCCUGUUCCAGGACCUCAGGGUCCCCCCGGGCCUGUCGGUCCAGCAGGUCCCAGAGGCCCAGCAGGACCUUCUGGCCCAUCAGGACAAAAUGGGAAAUCUGGAGCCCCUGGCACGCAGGGCCCUGUGGGUCCAAAGGGAGAACGGGGGGAGAGAGGUCCUUUAGGUUACCCAGGAGAGAGGGGCUUCAGAGGCGAGCUGGGAUUAACGGGUCCAAAGGGAGAGCCAGGAGAGAAGGGCUUGCCGGGGGACGGCAUACAUCAGAUCAGAGAGGCGCUGAAGAUCUUAGCCGAGAGGGUUUUAAUCCUUGAGACUAUGAUCGGUAUUCAUGAGCCUGAUCUAGGGUCUGGGGACGGACCGUUUGGCACAGCCUCCCCUAGUUUCUACAGAGAUAAGCGAGCAGGUGCGCUUCCAUAUCGACUUGCUUCUCCUCUGUCCUCCAACACCAAGGUUCGAGGGAAGUAGCCCCCUCCCGCUCACCCUGAGGAUCACAGGCUGGGUUGACUCCCCCUCCUAUAGGUCUCAUCGACACUCAUCAGGUUUAGACCUUAUCGGAUAGCCUCUCUGGGCUUUACCGUCAGAAUUAGGAUGGGGGACACCUCAGGGAAACUCCACUGAUACUCCACAAUGCCCUCCUCCAUCGGGAACCUGAGAACUAGUUUGACCCCCACCCAUCACCAUAACCACACACUUAUCUUUACAUAACACACCCAACAGCUUUCUGUGUCUCGUUUCUUUGGCUACAGAAGUCAGGCAUCAGAGUGAAGAGGUUUAAUGUUUGAAAAAAAGGAAAAUCUAAAUAUUCUGUGGUG